AACAAAGAAUAAAUAAUGGCCAGUUUGCUUGCUGUAUUGAUAUUUUCUCUUUUUGGGUUGGUGUACAGAAUGGAGGGUGUCUACCGCUUACUUUUGCAUGAAAGGAAACUUAUGCAGGAUGUUACUUCUGAUGCAAAGUUUCAUGCUCCAAUACAAUAUGAGAGAGAUGUGUUUACUGCUCUUGGAACUACCAAAUGGCAGCUGGAGCAAUUUGAGAGGGAGGUGAAUGCUGCUGCAUUCUCUGACAAGUCAAAGUCAAGAGAAAAUGCAAUCUUAAAAUUCAGGCAAUUCAUUAGAGCAAUUGCAGACCAGAUUUCUCAGGUGGAAGAAAGUUUGGAGAGUCUUAGGCUAGGUUCUAGCAGAACUCAAAAACAUUUAUACUCAAGUGAACAUGAUGGUGAUGGGCUGGCAUCCUUCCUUUCUGGUCCCAGCAGCAAGGAUGACCAUGCAUAUCAUUCCACUGGUACAGAUGAAAUUGUGGAGCUUAAGCUCGACAAUGUUACUUUAGUAAAUGGUUAUCAUUCCACCCAAGAACAUACAACAUAUGAACACAGGAAUUCAGAUAAAGAUUUGGAAGGGCAGCUGAUUAGCCGGUGGUCGGGUCGCACCUGA